AUGACAACCUCGUUUCGCGUCAAGACAGGAUGUUUGACCUGCCGUGGGCGACGGAAGAAGUGCGAUGAACGAAAACCCAACUGCACUGGAUGCACGCGGAACUUCCUCCGGUGUGACUGGCCGGAACUUGUCGUGAACAAGGAUGGAGUCUUGAAAGCAAAGAGUGGAACCGCGGAAGCGAAGGCUAUGAAGACAAAGCUGCCAGCUUCAGGACGUCGCCAAACUCCUGCUCAGCUUCUGGUAUUUGCCGUUGAUCUAAAGAGGCCUAUAACAGUGGAGCAAGAUCUGCCGCCAUCACCGGAGGUCACCUUCGAGAGCACUGUUUGUGAAGAAUCUAUCACCGAGGACACCGCUGAUAGGUCUUUGACUCUAUGGCGGUCUCUCACGGCAUCCUUCAUGAGUGAUGAACGACCAACACUAUUGACACCCCACUCAGUGCUCUUGCUUCAGCAUUACUUGGAGGACACUGCGUGCUUUCUUGUGCCUAAGAUCCGAACGCGGAAUCCUUUCAUUACCCAAGUGUUGCCACUAGCAUAUUCCGAUGAUCUUCUAAUGCAUGCUGUCAUGUCGCUGAGUGGAACUCACCUCAGCUACCAACAGAAAGACAAUCUUGAUGUUCAAUUGGCCACUCGCAAGCAUUACUCCUUGCUCCUCAGAGGACUUCGCAAAGCAUUUGCCGACGAGGCGAAGCAGCCGUGCAGCGAGCGAAGCUUGAGACUCUUGGUGAUUCUUGUCGUGCUCUGCCAUGUCGAGGCCCGAACUAUCCCUCUCGAUCCGUUCAUCACAUCUUUCGAACUGCUGAGAGAGUAUGAAACUUUUGGGAUAUUUCUUAGUUGUGGGCAGGGUCUUUUUGAAACGAUACCAAAGAUUUGCAUAUUUGCCAUGAAUCGGCUGGCUGAGGAAGAACAGUCCUAUAUCUGUAGCACAGAGACUCAACAAGAGUAUGAUGAGCUUGUCUCGACUCUUCUCUUGUGGAGUUCGCCACCAGUCGAUCCGGAAAUGAUCGAGUACGCAGAUGCACAUGUCACCACGGGCGAAAUAUACCGACAGGCUCUCUUGAUGUUUGUGAAGACUUCAAUGUGCGGUUCAGUCGUUAGCAACCCAAAAGUCAUUACCGAGUUGCAAGGGCAUAUUGAGGUCAUCACGGAUGCGAUGCCAAUCGUGAAUGCCUCUCCAUUCGCGACAGUUCUGUUGUGGCCCUUGAUGAUCACAGGUUCAUGCAUCACCUCACCACGAGAACGCCUUGAAUUGAUGAAGAGACUAGAACACACUGAAAUCGACGUCAUGCAGGUUUCUCAAGCGGCGAGUCUGCUUCGCCUUCUUUGGGAGGACAAAGAUGAGCGUGCAUUCGGUCCAUUCGGUCUUCAUUUGAUUAUGCAGAAACAUAAUAUCAUGUUCAGCAUGGCCUAA